UUUUAAUAUUUAUUAGGUAUUAAAAGCAACAGCUAUAGCAAUACUAAAUUCUUCAUUUCAGCAGACAUUGAGAGCUCAGGUUUGAAUUUUGCUUUUCGUGAAAUAGCAUCUUUCAUUUGAUGAAAAUGUAUGCUAUAAAUACCGGAAUUUUAUUUGCCUUAUUCUGGGUACUGUCUGUGGCGAAAGAUGAUUUAAUAAAUCUCACGGAAUGUGGUCUCAAAGCGAAAUCGAUUUCCUACUUAGAUCUUGCCUUGGAAUCGAUACACAAUGCAAAGGAGAAUUACCCAGCCUGCACUGAUUCUACAAAACCCCAAGACUGCGAAGAUCUACUUAAUGAAGGUUAUAAUGCCAGUGGAGUAUAUAGAAUUUGGCCCAGGAGCAGAGUCAUGGAAGGCAAAUCUUUAAAAGUAUUUUGCGAUAUGGAUACUGAUGGAGGAGGAUGGACGAUUAUUCAAAGGAGAGGAAAUUUUUUAAGACCUAAAGAUUAUUUCUACCAAGAUUGGGAUUCCUACAAGAAAGGUUUUGGCAACAUUGAAAGAGAUUUCUGGCUUGGAAAUGAUAAUAUCUUUGCACUAAGUAGUCAAAAGAUUUAUUCACUUCGAAUCGAUUUAACGGACGUUGAAGGCAACACGAGCUAUGCUCUCUAUGACGAAUUUUGGAUUGACGAUGAAGCUCAUAACUAUACAUUGCACGUGAAUGGUUACAGCGGAGAUGCUGGUGAUUCACUUCAUCUAGCACAUAACAAUCACCAAUUUUCGACCAAAGAUCGAGAUAACGAUGGCCUUAUUAACAACACUUGUGCUCAACUCUACAAAGGAGGCUGGUGGUACAAUGCCUGUCAUGCAUCAAAUUUAAAUGGACUCUAUUUGAGGGGAAAACAUGAGAGUUAUGUUGAUGGAGUCGUCUGGUACACUUGGAAAGGUGACCAUGAGUCCAUGGAUACUGUGGAAAUGAAACUGCGAUCCAAGGAUUUUACCUCUUCUCCAAUAUCUUCAGAUUUUAUUACAACUCAGUAAAUUAGUAUAUUAGAAUGUCAUUUGUUGCUAAUUUAAUAAAUUUCAAACUAGCUAGAAUGACAUUGUAUUAAAAAAUAAAGCAUAGUUUUAUUUGUUAAGUAUGA